CAGUUAGUUUGGACCGAUCGGGAGAGUGGACAACCGCUGAACAUGGAGUGGGACAAGAUGAGCAAAUCCAAACUGAACGGAGUCGACCCAACCGAGGUGGUUGAACGGCACGGAAUCGAGAUAGUUCGAUUGACCAUGCUUGCUAAUGUUGGACCUCAUCGAGCUAGGAAGUGGCAAGAGAACGAUGGAGAAGAUUUCGUUGAUUCUGUGCCUUCGGGUUUAGCGGAGGUGAAAAACAAGAAACUAACGGAUGAAGAAUAUACACGAGUCAAACCCACACAAGGUCCGAUACCACUGUUCUGUGGACGACCGAAAUUACACAAACCCGAUGUACCACUACAACCCAUUGUCGCAUCCACAACAGCACCCAACUACAAUCUCGCAAAGUACCUCUUCCAACUACUGCGCUUAUUCCUACCUGCAAACCAAAAUAAUGCAAAAAGUCCUACAACAUUCCUGGAACGCAUCAAGGGACUGACCAUUGAACCAGAUGAGGUGAUGGUCUCUUUCGAUGUGACCUCACAGUUCACCAAUAUUUCGAAGCAAAUGGCCAUCGAAAUGAUGCGCGGUGUGAUCGCUUGGCAAUCGAAGCUUUUGCGGCUAGGACGGAACCUUGUCGAGUGGGCGCGUGAUCAGAUCACUAAUGAUGAUGAUGAUGGUGGUGGUGGUGAGGGCUGGCAACUGCUGAUCGGUCCCGCGCAAGAUCCGUUAUGGAGCGAGGGGUCAGACGGAAGCAGUCCCAACUUCCGCCAAACACACGAGCACACGGUGAGGUUGGUAAACUUCUACUACGAUGAGACGUUUGUAUUGAGCGCUGCGAUCGCAAGACUGCAAGAAACGACGGAAUCAUUAAGAAAAGCUGCCGUUUCAGCUGGCGGUCCAGGACCCCGAAGUUUCAUUUAUUUUCGUACAUUUUCUGAUCUCAUCGUUAUGCUGACCCCGUUGGCUCCAGUUCUCUCAUGUGAAUUGUGGUCCAACUUGCAAUUGGCCUGUCAGAUGCAACCUCCAUCCGCCAUCCUUCACAGUCAACUCAGCAGGUUACACACAUCUCAAUCAGACUGGACUUUACACUGGCCUUACGAUCUGACCAAAUCUGUACUGGACCAACCGUUUCCCGUGAUCUCGGACUCCGUUGGUGACGCAGAUAUAAAAAUCGGUGACAAGGAGAACAAACGUGGGGAGGGGGAGAAAAGUUGA